GGGAUUUAUACAUUACCAACUUAAGGUUGCUCUGGAUAUCUAAGUGUGUAAUGCGGAACAGUUUGUCUAUUGGCUAUGGCUGCAUCAUAAAUAUUUGUUUUAAGAAUGUCAAUUCAAAAGCAGCUGAAAAAAGCCUGGCGGUUGAUGUCCUUACUACGUUUUCUGGGACAAGGUACGAAUUCAUUUUUGUUGAAUGCGGAGUUGGUGAUUCCAAAAUGAUGGAGUACAUUACAACAGUUUACAAGGCAUAUGAUUCUACGAGGAUUUAUCGAGAGUUACGGGUUCGUGGAGCACUAGUGAAAGGAAACCUUCUUGUGUUAUUGCCAUUAGAAAGUUUAUUUGAUGAAAUAGAUGGAGUAUGGAAUCUUUCAUCUGAUCAAGUAGCUAAAUUUCAGAAGUAG